CUACCUGGGUGGCCUCCCUCCAACAAGUGGACAAGUCAAAACUCCCGAGUCAACAAUGAGUGCUGCAACGAGGAGGUUUGGCGGGUAGCUAGAACCGUAAACAGUCUACCAACAUGGCCGCUGACGAGCUCGUGAAGCGAGUCAGCGAGCUCUCGGUUGCGCUCGUUGACCGAGAACGGGAGCUCGCCGCUUGCAAUGCUUCUCGAACUUUUCUGCAGCAAGACCUUGAAGCAACCAAGUCCGAGAUUUCCGCGGCUCGUGAGGAGCUGAGCAAUGAAACAACGAAAUGUUCCUUGUUGGAAUCGCGUCUCCAGCGAGUGACCGGAGAGCUGGAGCAAGCUCGUGCAGACUUGGCGAGCAGCGUUGCGGAGAGGGACUCGUUGCACCGGACGCUCGGACGCGUGCACGAGCAGCUCACGGUGCUCAAAUCCGACUCCUCUGGCAAGUCGCUGGAACUGGCGGAGCUGCAGCUGUACUAUGAUGGCCUGCUCGAGGCCAAGGAGGCGUCCAUCCAGAGCCUGCAGACGCUUCUGGAGGGGCAGCAGAAACAGCUGCGUGAGCAGCAGGAGCUGUGGGAUGAGCAGCGGCGCAGCCUCAAGGCCAGCCUCAACGACGUGUCGGAGCGCGUGGCAGCCUCGCAGGCCGCCGCCGCCGACGCCGCGGCCAUGCAGCAGGCGGCGGCGAUGGCCAAGGAGCUGCGUGAGCGCCUGCUGGGAGCGGAGCGCGCUCUAGAGGAGGCAGGGGCGCGGGAGCAGCAGUACCUGGUGCUGCUGAAGCAGCGCGAGCGGCACCUGUCUAAGCUGCAACAGAGCCAGUCUCUCCACCGGCACGGCCGACAGCAGGGCGGCGGCGGCGGCGGCGGCCGGGAUGCCGUUGGCGCAUGGCUGGGCAGCGAGACCAGCAGCGACACGGCCAGCGUCAGCGGCAGUGUGGACCUGGCGCCCAAGGGCCUGGUGGGGGCCGGGGGCGGGCGUGGCCACCACGCGGCCGCCACGGGCGUGGCAUCCCCGCGCGCACGUGACGAGGCUGUUGCGGAGGAGCGGCGCAAGCGCGAGAAGCUCAAGUCCAGGCUGGUGUCUGUGGGCCGCGAGGCGGAGGAGCUGAGGCUGCAGGUGUCGCGGCUGCAGGCGGAGCUGGCGGGCGCGCGUGCCGAUUCGUCCUCGGGCGCCAACGUGCAACUGGCCGACGAGCUGCUGCGAGCGCACCGUACCAUUCAGGAUCUGGAGCAGCGCCUGCGCAAGGCGCAAGAGGCCUCGCGCGCGGCGAGUGCCACUGCUGCGCCGUCUGCGGCUCCGGCCGCCGCAGGCGCUGCAUCCGGUGGCGCCGCCAACCUCACGAGCAACAACGGUGGCGGCGGGCACGGUCUGCUUACCAGUGCCGAACACUUGGCCCUUGUGAAGCAGCGACUGAUCCGGCAGCGUCAGGAGUUCGAGAGGUUCCUUGAGGUGCUGGUAGACACGCCCGGUGUCAGGCUAUCGGAGGAGGCAGCGGCGGCGGCGGCCGCGACGGCGGCGGGCGCGGGCGGCGGCGGCGUGACCCUGGUGGAGGACCUGAAGACCCUCAUGGCGCGACACCUGACCAAGGUGGACACCAUAGCCUCAAUGUCGGCACUGCCGGAAGACGUCCGCUCGGCUGCCGACGCAUCCUCCACGGCAGCGGCCCAGCAGCAGCAGCAGCAGCAGAUGCAGCACAGCCUGUUUGUGGCGCGGGCGGCCUGGAGCACGCUGCGCAAGGCGCUGGUGGGGCUGCAGGAGGCUGUGUCGACCAGCCUCGACGUGGCGACCAACCCGGCGGUGGCGUACAUGCAGAAUGCCGACUUCCUGUCGCGGCUGAUGCGGGAGUGGGCGGUGGGCGACAAGGCGGCCCUGGACGCCGCCAUUGAGGCCAGCGUCAGCGCCGCAGUGGCGCUGGUCAACGAGGCCGGAGCGCGGCUGCAGACGCACGCCAGGGACCUGGGUGUGGCCCAGCAGCAGCUGGCGGAGGCGCAGGACGCGGUGGCGCAGCUGCGGCUCACCAACGGGCUGCUGCAGCAGGAGGCGGACACGCGGCUGGCGGAGGUGCGGGGCGAGUCGGAGGCGCUCAGGUCGCAGCUGGACUCGGCCCGCGACCAGGUGGCUCGGCUGCAGGUGGACGCCGGCGCACACCAGGGAGAGCUGGCGGCGGCGCGGGAGCGCGCAGAGGCGGCGGCGGCUGCCGCCAAGCGAGCCGAGUCGACGGUGGCGUCCGUGGAGGGCGACAGAGCCCGGCUGCGCAAGGUUCUGGCGUCCGUGGAGGGCGACCGCGGCAGUGCGGAGGCGGCGGCGCUGGCGCGGGAGGAUGAGCUGGUGGGCCUCAGCCGCGCGCUCAGCGACGCGCACGCCACCAUACAGCUGCUGCACAACAGGCUGGAUGCGGCCACCGCCGCCGGCUCGUCGGAGCUGGCCGCGCUCAAGGGCAAGAUCCGGGACGUGGUGACGGCUCUGGAGUCGCCCUCGCUGCCACAGCUUCACGCCAUGAUGCUGCUAGCCACAGAGCAGGAGGCGGGACAGCCGGGCGGAGGCGGAGGCGCAGGCGCGGGCCUGGGCAGUGUGGGGCAGCUGCUGUCGGGGCGUGGCGGAGGCGGGCUGACGCCGCGGCGGCACGGCGGGUUGGGAGGUGGAGGCGGUGGGGGGCAGCGUGGCGUGCUGUUCGAGGACACGCUGCACUCGCUCGCGCUGGGGCUGGCCCCCAGCAGCCAGCAGCAGCAGCAGCAGCAGCUGGACCCGCCCGCGGUGGCCGCCAGCCUGGUGGCUGCCCUGGAUAGCGCGGCCAGCAGCGUGGGUGCGGCGCUGCACCGCCUGGCUCUGCUGGAGGUGGCGCACUGGGAGGCGGAGCGCGGGGCGGAGGCGGUGGGCGAGGUGCGGGCGGCGCUGGCGGGCGCAGCCAUGGAGAUGGAGGCGGGCAGGCUGGCGGUGGGGGAUGUGCUCUUGAAAGAGCUGCUGUCCAUGCUGGGGGUCGACGCCCGCACGACAGCGGCGGCAUCGGGAUUCGGAGGCGGGCCCAGCGGCGGCGGCGGCGGCGGCAGCUCCCGCCCACCAACCCGUGGCGGCGCGCCGCCGCCUCUCUCCACCUCGCAAUCCUACUCGUCCAGCUCGUGGGCGCUGGUGGCGGCUGGAGGCGGCGGCGGCGGCGGCCUGGAUGCGCCGCUGCGGCUGCAGCUGGCGGCGGCGCGGGACGCGUGCCAGCACCUGACGCGGCACCUCAAGAACGUGGAGGGCCUUGUGCUCGCGCUCAAGACCUCCCUGCCCGAGUGGCUGGACCUGGAGACCGCCCGCGCCGCCGCCCGCCAGCGCGGCGAGCUGGCGCGGCUGCGCGGCCUACUGGGCGGCCAGCUGGCGGCGGUGCGGCGCGACCUGGCGGAGCUGCGAGGAAGCUGCCGGGGCACACUGGCGGACGCCGCCAGCCAGGCGGCCGACAGCCUGCAGCAGGCUCAGCACAUGUCGGCUCAGGUGGACCGCGACCGCGGCGAGGCGUCGGAGCUGCUGCUGGAGCUGCAGCGGGACCUGGGCCGCGCAGUGGAGCUGCUGCGAGCCACAACCACCACCGCACCCGCCGCGGUCCUGGGCCCACCCGGCGUGGAGGCAGCGCAGCCGCCGCCUUCGCCCGGCGGCGCGGGAGCCGCUGCCGGGGCCGCCGCCGCGUCUCCGUCCAGGGCUGGCGGCGCCGGUGGUGGCGGCGGCGGUCUGUCGUACAGCCUUGCAGGCAGCGUGGCCCUGGCGGCCAGGGCGGUGCCGGAGCUGCGGGCGGGGCUGGAGCGGCUGCGCGGCGAGCUGUGGCAACUGGCAGCGGAGCGGGACGCCGCGCGGGCGGGCUGGGAGGCGGCGACGGGACACGCCUGCCUGCUGGCGCGCGCGGUGGCGGAGGCGCUGCCGCUGCCGGAGGCACUGGUGGCGGCGCUGCUGAGCCCCGCCACCGCCACCGACCCCGCCAUGUCGCCGGUGUGGUGCGCCCAGCUGCGUGACGCGGCGGCGGGCCACGUGGCGGCGGUGGCGGCCAGCGUCGCCGGCGGCGUGGAGAGCGGCGAGGUGGCGCCGCUGCGGCGGGAGGUGGCGCGGCUGGCUGGGGAGCUCAAGGCGUCCAAGCGGCGUGCGGCAGAGCUGCAGGCUCAGGCGGCCCGCUUUCUAGCUGAGAGCGAGGCGGCGCUGGAGGCUGUGCGGCGCGAGGCGGGACAGGCGGCGUCGGCAGUGAUGGAGAGCGUGAUGGAGGGCGUGAGGGAGGAGGUGGCGGCAGUGCAGUCUCAUGUGUCGGAGCUGCAGGACAGCAGUACAGAGGCGCUGCGGCAGGCCAACGCGGCAUGGUCGGCACAGCUGAACCAGGUCAAGGCCAGCAGUUCCGCAGCGGUGGCGGCGCUGGAGGACACGGUGUCGGUGCUGCAGGCGCAGCUGGGUUCGGAAGCAGACGCCUACGAUGCGUUGAAGGCCGAGCAGGAGGCGGCGGCCAAGGAGUCUACGGACCGGGCCGCGGCGGAAGGCAACAAGGCGCGCGGCCUGGCGUCCGACCUGUCUGCGGCGCAGCAGCGCGUGGCGGCGCUGGAGGCGGCGGAGGCGACGCUGGAGGCGGAGGUGCGGCAGCUGCGCAAGGCGCUGCGGCAGCGGGACGUGAUGGUGAUGGGCAUGCUGCACGAGAGCGGGCAAGGAGGGCAGGGGCCCGGGGCUGCUGGGGCAGGUGGAGGGGCGGGGCCGGCAGCAGGAGGAGCAUCUGCUGCUGUAGCCGGAGGCAGCGGCAGCGGGGCGGGCUCGGUAGGAUCGGGGGCUGCGGAGAGGCUUUCGAAUGCGGCUCGCAGCCGGGCGGGGCCAACAGCGGCGACGUGACCUGCGCUGGAGCAUUAGGAGAGUGACAAGGGCCUACCAGUUUUAGAAGUCCAGCGGGCACCAGAGCAUUGCACUGGGUUGAAUUGCCUGUUAUGUUAUGCCUGUUUGAGCAAACGGACGACUUUGCUGGUGCUUUGGACUUGUAGGGCACACAUCAAUGUCGGAAGUGUUGCGGUCACCUAGUGGACUGGUAACCCUCAGUUUUCAUCAGUUUCACUCAUGCAGCUAUGUGCCCUCGGCUCCUUAAAUCCGACGCACCUAACAGCGCUGAUUCUAGGGUUGGUGCCGGAUGCCGGCGUGCGAGCCCUUUUUGCAGCCAUUCUGUUUAUGGCCUCGUGCGGUGUAAAUUACUUACUCU